UAAUAUUGGCAGCCACUGGCUUUGGACCUCAGUCAGACUCUGGAAUUGUUACGUCAAACGCUGAACUGAACCUGUCCUUGCAGAAAAGCAGCGUCGUCCGCUGAAAGUGAGACUGGUUUGGAUGACCAGCAUACAAGGCGUACGUGAGGUUAUGCAAUCAUAAACGCGUGUGUUACCUUAAAACCUCGCACACCAGGGAUCAUCGAUUGCCUACCUAAAGUAAAAGUGAUAACAAUACGAAGAACUCGCUUUACCGAGUAACGCGAUUGACGCCAACAACUUUCCUCGUGAGACAGGAUUACAAAUUUUUGGACAUUGGGUUUUAAGCAGGUUUUGGUUAAAAGUGAGAUAAGUUUAGUGUCUCUGUUCACAUUGAUCAAUUAAUAGUUGAUUAAUUAGACAAUAAUAUGGAUUUCCAACACAAGAAAGAUUUUGAAAAUAAAAGAGAAACUGCCGGUGUCGUCUCUCGUCUGUUUUUCUUCUGGAUUGUGCCCUUGUUUUGGAAGGGGAGGAAGAAGGAGAUCGAUAUUGAUGAUUUGGCUAAUGUACCAGACGUGAGCAAGUCAGAACCACUGUGUCAGCAAUUACAAGACACGUGGGACAAGGAAUGUGCAAAAUCUUUCAAAGAUUCAAAUAAAAGGCCAAAUCUUUUCAAUGCAUUUCUUAAGACUUUUGGAAGACGGUACUUUUCAUACGUUGCAGUAUUUGCAAUUGAUGGAUGGGUUGUAAGAAUUGCUCAGCCCUUGUUCCUCAAGUAUUUCAUACGCUCUUUCAAUGAUAAGACUGUGACAAUUCAAUGGCAAUGUGCGUACGCUGCCGGCGUAUGCUUGUCCACGAUCCUUCACAUUUUGUUCAAUCAUCCUACUGGUUUCAAACUUUGUGAACAAGGAAUGCGUUGUCGUGUUGCGGUGUCAUCACUGAUUUAUCGAAAGGCACUAAGGCUCAGCAAAGCGGCUGAAGGAAAAUCAUCUGUGGGCCAAAUCGUCAAUUUGUUGAGCAAUGAUGCGUCAAGAUUCGAUUACAAUCUGCAUUUUAUCGCGUUUCUAUUUGUGGGCCCAGUUCAACUCUUGUUAUUCUUUUACCUGUUGUGGGAGGAGCUCGGUUUGGCGUGUCUCGCUGGAGUUGGAUACAUUGUCUUGCUGUCCCCCAGCCAGUAUUUCAUUGGAAAGCUCUCUGCCAUUUUUCGUGUCCAAAUUGCAAAUCAGACCGAUUCGCGGAGCAAAAUAAUGAGUGAGAUCAUUGUGGCUAUGAGGCUGAUUAAAAUGUACGGCUGGGAAAAGCCUUUUGCUGCCUUGGUCAAGAAGAUCAGACUGUUCGAGGUCAAAGCGUUGAAGAAGAGAUCUUACCUGAGAGCCUGUUUUAUGGGCGUGUUCACUUCGAACUUCACCUUCGUUCCUUUUUUGACCAUUUUGACGUACGGAUUGUUGGGAAACAGUGUAACACCUGAUAAAGCAUUUUUUGCAGUCGCAAUAUUCAACGUGAUGACUGAAGUGAUGAUGUAUUAUGUGCCUAAUGCUGCAGCCAGCGUAGGUGAACUUCGUACGUCAAUUAAGCGGAUGGAGGAUUUUUUGCUAAUGGAAGAACAAAGUAUCGGUAAAAACAUUGACAUUAAGGAUUGUCAAAAUGGAACCAUACUUCCGUCCAUUAAAAUGGAGAAUGUUUCAUGCAAAUGGAACGAGAAUAAAGCUGCACUUGAAAACGUAUCAUUUGAAAUUGGUGGGGACAAGCUCGUAAUGGUCGUCGGACCAGUGGGAAGCAGUAAAACAUCACUCUUGCAAUGCCUGCUCACAGAAUUGCCGAUUGAAAGUGGUCAUUGCGAGAUCAGGGGCAAAAUCUCGUAUGCAUGCCAAGAUGCUUACAUAUUUCCUGGCACCAUACGACAGAACAUUCUCCUCGGCAAGGAAUUCGUCAAGGGAAAGUAUCACCGUGUUCUAGAAAUUUGUGCGCUGGAGGAUGAUCUCGCCCAAUUCAGUAGCGGAGAUAAUACCAUUUGCGGAGAAAGAGGGACGGAGUUAAGUGGCGGUCAGAAGGCGAGAGUAACGCUGGCUCGAGCUUUAUACCAUGAUGCGGACAUUUAUCUCCUCGACGAUCCCCUCAGUGCCGUUGACGCGUCAGUCAGCAAACAUAUUUUUGACAAGUGUAUCCAAACUCAAUUGAAAGGACGCUUGAGAAUUUUGGUUACACAUCAGCUCCAGUAUUUACCUUACGCGGACCAUGUCAUUGUUUUCGACGAGGGGAAAGUCCUUGCUCAAGGCAACUAUGAUGAUUUAGUUGAACAAGGAAUCGAUUUCAUACGGCUUUUAUCCCGAGAUGACCAGGAAGCCGAAACGAACGAAGUGGAAAAGAAAACCACCAAAGAUUUUGACGAAGCUGAAAUUGUUGGGAAGGAGUGCAAAUCGGAGAAAGACGAAGAAAAUGAUAACAACGUACAAGCUUCAAAGCGUGAAGUGAUGGCCGAAGGUGCCGUGAGUGCCAAGACCUACUGGGAGUACUUCAAAGCUGGAGAUUCUCUCUGCCAGAUUUCCUUCCUGAUCUCAGCAUUUUUAGUUAAUCAACUAUUAAUCAGCACCACGGACUUUUGGCUCUCCAUUUGGACAAAUGUCGAAGAGACGAACUUGCCACGAUUCAAACGAGAGUUUACAGCAGACACAACGACGGAACAAGACCCGCUCACCAUGUUCAAUGAUAGCUCAAUCCUUGACCCCACCCCCAGCAAUUUCGAAUACGAGUUGGGCCAAGAUUUUUGGAAUAUUAAACAAUGGGACCGAAACAUUUACAUGUACAUUUAUGCAGCUUUGGCGUGCAUUGUUUUCUUCGUAGACACAACUCGAACGUUGUACUUUUUUGCAUACACCCUGAAAAUUAGCACAAACAUUCACAAUAAAAUGUUCAACAGCUUGGUCCGAGCCCCCAUAAAAUUUUUUGAUGACAAUUCGUCAGGAAAAAUCAUGACUCGAUUUACAAAAGAUUUAGCAACUUUAGAUGAAUUUCUCCCUCUCAGCAUGUUUGAUUCAAUUGACAUUCAGUUGCGAGCGGUCGGUUGUAUGGUUAUCAUCUUAAUUUUAAAUUGGUAUCUGAUAUUCCCAGCCUUGGUUCUUUUGUUGGCGUUUUCGUUUAUCCGGACGAUAUUUAUUAAGACUAGUCGAAACAUUAAGCGAGUGGAAACAUGCACUCGAAGUCCACUCUUCACGCACUUGUCAUCCUCAAUUCAAGGGUUGGCUACAAUUCGUUGCCUUAAAGCACAAAAUAUUCUCGUCAAUCAGUUCGAUGAGCAUCAGGACAUCCAUUCUGCAGCUUGGUACCAUUUCCUUGCAGGAACGAAUUGGUUUAGUAUUUGGCUGGAAUUAUUUUCUACAGUUUUCAUAACGUGCGUCGUGUUCAGUUUUGUGUUCUUCUCGGAUAACUCAAGCACCGUUGUUGGGUCUGUGGGCUUAGCAAUUGCGUCACUUUUGCAACUCAUGAACACUUUUCAGUUUGGCAUGAGGCAGUCUGCUGAGAUGGAAAACGCGAUGAUCAGCGUUGAAAGAGCUUUAGAAUAUACAAAACUAGAUUCAGAGAUUUCUCGAAGAUCGAAGAAAUAUUCUGACAAAAAAGCAUUAAAGGAUUUUGGAACACGUGGAACCAUUAAAUUUAGUAAUGUUAAUCUUUCAUACGAUGGAGUGACUACAAUCCUGAAAAAUCUAACUUUUGAGAUUCAAGCGAAAGAAAAGAUUGGCAUCGUGGGCCGAACUGGCGCAGGCAAGAGCUCAAUAAUCUCAGCCCUUUUCAGAAUGACCGAAUUUGAUGGAGAAAUUACAAUCGACGGAUAUGAUAUCUCGGGAAUUUCUCUUCACAAACUACGGAAAAACAUUUCAAUUAUUCCACAAGAUCCUGUCCUGUUUUCUGGCACAAUCAGAUACAAUCUUGAUCCCUUUGAAAUGUUCAGUGAUGAGGAAUUGUGGAAGGUUUUGGAAGAGGUGGAGUUGAAGGACCUAAUCACUGCUUUGGACUACAAUGUUAACGAGGGAGGCAAGAAUUUCAGCGUUGGGCAACGUCAACUUGUAUGUCUUGCAAGAGCCAUUUUGCGAAAAAACCGCAUUUUGCUAAUGGACGAGGCAACUGCUUCCGUUGACCCACGAACGGACCAAUUAAUACAACAAACCAUUCGAACGAAAUUCAUCGAUUGUUCAAUAAUCACGAUAGCUCACCGGUUACAGAGCGUCAUGGAUUGCGACAAAAUAUUAGUUCUUGAUAAUGGCAACAUUAGAGAGUACGAUCAUCCUCACAUACUAUUAAAAAGGUCGGAUGGGUACCUACAAAAGUUAAUUUGUGAAACCGGACAUGCAACUCAAAGUCAUUUACGCCAAAUUGCUGAACAGGCAUACCAUAACAUUACUUCUAACGGGGAGGAGGAAAAAACAUUGCAAAAACCUUAACAAAUUACUCAGCAAUAUUGUUAUUAUUUCUUACACACAACAUAAUGCUUAUAAAUACAUAGUACAUAAGUUCCAGAAUAAAAGUGAUAUAAAAUAUUCUGA